AUGAGUUUACAAUUGCACACAGUCAACCUCAUGCUGAAUGUUAAGGAACAAAAUCCCGACGAAAUUGAGAACGUUUGCUUUAUUGACUUCAGGGAGCGUGUGGGUAUAAAGCCAGCAAGCUUUGAGAAAGUUACUGAUCCUGAAAUUAAGGAGAUAAUUGGGGAGUGCAUUUGCAAAAAUAAAGAAGAAAGAUAUGAAAUUAAAGAUUUAUUAAGCCAUGCCUUUUUUGCUGAAGAUACUGGGGUAAGAGUGGAACUUGCAGAAGAAGACCAUGGUAGGAAAUCCUCUAUUGCCUUAAGACUCUGGGUAGAAGAUCCUAAGAAACUGAAAGGAAAACCCAAAGAUAAUGGAGCCAUUGAGUUUACUUUUGAUCUGGAGAAGGAAACUCCUGAUGAUGUUGCACAAGAAAUGAUCGACUCGGGAUUUUUUCAUGAAAACGAUCUCAAGAUAGUCGCGAAGUCAAUACGUGACAGAGUAGCGUUAAUACUAUGGAGAAGAGAGAGGAUCUGGCCUAGGAUGCAGUUAGAGGAACGUCGCGACUCGGAAGGGCUGGAGAAGGUGAAGGCGCCGCAAGCGCAGCAGGUCCAGGUCACCUACCUUUCUCACACGGGUCACCAUGUGCUGUCGGAGUCGGAGGAGCCCGAGGCGGACCAGCACCCCUUCCAGCCAAACCUGCCCACCAGCGUCACGUCUGUGGCAUCUGACAGCACGUUUGACAGCGGCCAGGGGUCCACUGUCUAUUCAGACUCCCAAAGCAGCCAGCAAAGUGUCAUCUACUCGUCUCUGCCGGAUCCCGUGCCUCCCGCUAUCCAGCGGGUGUACAGCCCACCCCUGAGCGAGAGCCAGGCUGUGCCCCAUAACCUUCAGCAGCUGGGCCACUACCAGCAGCCCUCAGCAUCAGAGGUACGACACGGACGCAUUACAUCCUCCAGAACCUGUGGCAACACCACGUUCCGGUUCCAGCGCGCGUCCUUCUCGUGUGACAGCCGACGCUUGCGCUACUUUCUGCUGCCACCGCAGCCCCGUCACGACUUUGACUCCAAAUGCAGCGUUUUUUCCCCAAGAGGGAAGGAGAACCCCUAUCUGCAUGCUAGAGAAAAGGCGGCAGGCGCACGACCUCAGGUGGCACUGGGGGCCCCCAAGGGGCUAAUGUUUCCUCCACAGUCUUGUUGGAUGUGCCUCUCCUGGUUGUGUCAUUCUGGCCGAGAUCAAAACCUGCAGGAGUCUUGGUGCCUGUUGAAAGCGCUUGCUCCCCCAGGUAGUAACCGCAAGACUCGGCAUCUCAAAGAAAGUCCAGACCUGCCUCUGCUACAUGAAUCUUUACAAUGUGUAAUUAGCCAAAAAGACCAGUUCUUCUCCCACAAGAUGUGCAAGAGUUGCAGAAAACAUUCUGCCUUCUGCUCCUUCGAUGGUGGAGAAGCCAACACGCCCAGCGGCUGCCAGCGCUGCGGUGAAUCAUGUGCUGGAGCAGUGGAAGCCAACUGCCUGGGAACAGCAACG